UGCUCGGCUGAGUUGAGCCGCAUCUGCUUCGUAUCGCGCAUGUCCAAAACUUUCCGAGCAGCACCAUCGCGCCCGCUCGGGCUGCCACCUCUCACCGCAACCAUGGACGACCUCGAGAACCUCGAGUUCCUGUCGCUCGUGUCGAAAGUCACGUCGGAGAUUCAGAACCACUUGGGCGUGUCCGACAAGACGCUCGCCGAGUUCGUCAUCGACCAGCAUGCUGGCGCAAAGGGCUUGGCCGACUUCAAGGAGCAGCUGGAGGCCAUGGGCGCCGAGUUUCCUGAGAGCCUGGUUGCGAGCAUCGACCGCCUGAUCCUGACGCUGCACCCGAAGUACAAGCACAAGAGCGCGAAUGGCGCCAAGGCCGCCGACGACGACGACGACGACGAUGACAGCCGCGACCGCAAGACCCGUGUCUUCAAGGGCCUCGCCAUCGCCGACCGGGAGCUCGACUUCAGCGACCCCGAGGAGGCGCCUGCAACCAAUGCGCCCGAGCCAGACGCCCUGGACGACACGUUCGCCAUGCUGGAGGGCCUGGCUGGGAAGGGCGCCGCCGGCAGGCCCAAGGCGCGGUCGCGUAAGCGCAGCAUGAGCCCGUACAGCAGCGACGACGAUAGGGAUAGCAAGCGGCACCGGCGCAGGAACCGCUCACAGUCAGCGUCGCGCAGUCGCAGCCACAGUCGCAGUCGCGGACAGCGACAGCAGGAGCACGAGGAGCUGGUCUUUGAGGACGAGUUUGGGCGCACGAGAACCGUCAAGCGCCACGACAAGCAGCGCAGCCGCAAGAAGUACCGCGACGAAGACCUCGACGAGUUCCGCCGCCCACCGACGCCCGAGCUGGACGACGAGCCCGUGCUCUUCAAGGUCUACAACGGCAAGGUCACCGGCGUGAAGGACUUUGGCGCCUUUGUCAACUUGCAGGGCGUCAAAGGAAAGGUGGACGGGCUGGUGCACGUGUCGCAGAUCCAGGAGGGCGGUCGCGUCAACCACCCCUCUGAUCUGCUCUCCAGAUGGCAAGAGGUCAAGGUCAAGGUCAUCAAGAUGGAGAAUGGCCGAUUAUCCUUAUCGAUGAAGGAGGUGGACCAGCAAUCAGGACGAGAUCUUGCUCCUUCGAGGCGUAUCGAGUCCUUUGGAUCGGGCGCAAACUCCCAAGCGCUGGGAGGCAUACCCGGCCUCAUGGAAAGCAGCGUGCCCGUCGUGGAAGAUGGCUAUAACAGUCGUAAGAACGGCAUGCGAAAGCGCAUGACCUCGCCUGAAAGAUGGGAGAUCAAGCAGCUUAUUGCGUCUGGUGUCAUACCCAAGUCAGACUACCCAGACAUCGACGAAGACUUCAAUGCACACAUCGCUGGCGAAGGGGGCUUUGAGGAGGAGGAGGAUGUCGACAUCGAGGUACGCGAAGAGGAGCCGCCCUUCUUGGCUGGCCAGACCAAGCAGUCCCUCGAGCUGUCCCCCAUUCGAAUCAUCAAGGCACCUGAUGGCUCGCUCAACCGAGCGGCUAUGUCUGGAGACACAUUGGCGAAAGAGCGCCGAGAUUUGCGGCAACAAGAAGCCCAAGAGAAAGCCGCAGCAGAUGCUGCUAAUGUGGAUCUUAGCAGUCAGUGGAAUGACCCCAUGGCCCAGCAGCGACAAUUCGCCAGUGAUCUACGCAACACACGAAAAGACCAGCCCACUGAAGUUAUGCCUGAGUGGAAGAAAAUCUCGAUCAACAGCAAGGAUGCAUCGUUUGGCAAGCGUACAAAUAUGAGCAUAAAGGACCAACGAGAGUCGCUGCCUGUGUACAAGUUUAGGAAGCAGCUGCUUGAGGCCAUAGCCGCUCACCAGAUCUUGAUCGUCGUCGGUGACACCGGUUCUGGCAAGACCACACAGAUGACCCAAUACCUGGCAGAAGCAGGAUACGCAAACGAGCUCGUGAUUGGUUGCACUCAGCCUCGACGUGUUGCGGCGAUGAGCGUUGCUAAGCGUGUCGCCGAGGAAGUGGGUUGCAAGCUUGGUAACGAAGUCGGCUACACCAUUCGAUUCGAGGACAACACAUCACCAGACACGCGCAUCAAGUACAUGACAGAUGGUAUCCUACAAAGAGAAAUCUUGCUCGACCCAAUGUUGAACAAGUACAGCUGCAUCAUGUUAGACGAGGCUCACGAGCGUACCAUCGCCACUGAUGUUCUGUUUGGACUACUCAAGAAGACGCUCAAGCGACGACCGGAUAUGAAACUCAUUGUCACAAGUGCCACACUUGAUGCUGAUAAGUUUUCCGAGUACUUCUACAAGUGCCCCAUCUUCUCCAUUCCCGGUCGAACCUGUAAGUAUACCUAUCAAACCACUCCUUGAAGCUCUACUAACAUGGCCCUAGUCCCCGUCGAAGUCAUGUACAGCCGAGAACCCGAGUCCGACUACCUAGACGCUGCUCUCGUCACGGUCAUGCAGAUUCACUUGACAGAGCCUGCGGGAGACAUCUUACUCUUCUUGACGGGUAAGGAAGAGAUUGACUCGUCUUGUGAGAUCUUGU